AUUAGAAUUUUAAUGGGUUUUUUCGUCUGCAUUGAGACUAUGGACGCCGAGCAGGUUCGCGUAAGUGGCUUCAAGCGCAUCCUAGUGCGGCUAGAUGAGGGCACGCGCCGCAAGUACUGCUGCCGCGCGCUCGAGCAAGAUCUGCAAAACGUCAAGAACCAGAUGCGCGCGUGUACGGCGGCCAUGGCGGAGGCCAAGCAGGUGGAAGACGCCACACGCAAGCUACACGCCAGUCAACGGGCUGCAGUGUCGAGUGAGCUGCUGGACGACUUAGAAAUGCUUCAGUGCCAUUUAGAAACGGCCACAAAUAAGCUAAUUUCCGGUAGCAAGCCUCAGAAUGGAGCGUUAGAUGUGGCAAAAGAAGAUCUUGAAGUCAAGGAGGAGGCUGAACCUGCGGAGACUUCGACAUUCGAGAAGGCCAAGACGCUGGCGAGGCAGAUUUUACAGACAAAGGAGUUUGACGCAGCAGUGCACCAAAUUAAGCACUUGGAGAGGCUGAUGCCAGUGCUGAAGGAGGUGGACGACAAGAAACAAAAAUGGUGGAAGAAAUAUGUGCGGAAGGUUGUAACUCACACUCUCGAGCUGAAAGGAGAUGGCACGACGGACAAGCGGCUUAGUCGUUUAGAUAGGUCGCUCAAGAAGAUUGAAGCCAAGUGUCCGGAGCUCACGGAAUGGAUCAAGAGUAUCCAAGACCAAAUUUCCGAAAAGCAAAGUCAAGAGUCUUCAGUUGAAGCACCGGUAUCGAAGAGCAAGAAGAAGCGUGCGAUUGCUCUGCCUGAUGAUGGAGAAACGGCAAUGACGAGUACUACGUCUCCUGCAAAACCUAAGAAGGUCAAGGCUACCAACAAUACUAAGGAAAAGAAGACUGAGUCGGUUGAAAAGGCUCGAGCUCUGUUACACCGCUGCUCGCGGGAGGUGCGCACAUUGCGUGACAAGUUUGAACUGGGUGCGUACGACGUGAAUUUGAGUCGCAUGGUGACGGUUGUGGACUCCUUGUGGUCGGGUUUUGAGCACUCGGAGCUGGUGUCGCUGACUACUGCGCUAUUCACGCUGGUGGAGACUGUGGAGAAGGUUGUGAACCAAGCCAAGCGUCGAGACCGUCUCAUGUGUCUAGAAAGCGUCCUGGGCGUCGUCCUGGGCUCAUCCAAGCUGCAACUGACAGCACGACGCAAGACGAUGGUGGAGGAGUAUGCAAACAACUGCCGCCAGUCUUUGCAGCAGUUGAAUCGACAGUCAGAAAACGUCCAGCAACCUGCUAGCCAAGCGUCAGUGCACAAUGCAGUGCCAACCGCUUCACGUCAUGUUUCAAAGACUACCGGGAGUUCGCACGUACGCUUCGGCUAGUUAGAAGUCGAGUAUAAUAGAUCGAUACAGCUGACAAGACUACGCUUUUAACUGGGUUUUUCUCCGACUAGGACAGGUACAAACUGCUGGCAAACACGACGUCGCGCUUGAUGGCUUCAGAGG